UGAGGUCUAUUGUCUUAGGCUGAAUUUUAAUAUAUCGAAAUUGGUCUAUUUGUUUCUGCGUGUAACAGAAAUUGAAUGCUAAUUGGAUACUCCGAUCCGUAAGUCAGCAAAGCUGAUUAUCUUUUUGCCUCCAGGUCUCCUAGCUGUAUCAACGAUCGCUGACUUGUGAGAAGAUUAUGUUCGCUAUUUACUUUCCGAUCUUAUCUUGCAUGACUUAUCUGACGGAUUUUAAAAUUUUUUCACUCAGCCACAGUAUUGGUUUAUAUGCCCUAAGGCUACGCUACAAUGUCAUCCAACACAUAAAUUAAUCAUUAAAGGGAAGUAUAUAAAGAUUUUAUCGGUACUUUGAAGUUAUCCACAUUUACAAAUAGCUAAUACUGAUUAUCGUUUUGUUGGAGAGAGUUACAGCAGCGGUUUCUCAAUUAAGAAGUAUAACAAAUUGAAAUAUGCGGAAUUAUCUUUGCAGUAAUCACAACUUAUGACAUCCACUAAUGGGAAACCGCAUCUGGACCAAUUAAGGACUGUGUUUAUAAUAAACACAAAACGUAUUUUCUAUUUUAAAAACGGUAAUCCAUGUUUACUUUCGCCGAUUUAAGCUCAUGAGAGGUCAGUUGUUUUUGGUGUUUCUUGAAAGGCUAGUUCCAGCUUCCUAUGGACUACGGAAAAUCAUUGUUAUCGUUAAUAUAAGGCGUGGUCAUAACCAAUUGCUAAAUUGCUUCAAUAUAUAACAUUACGUAGUCUUUGACGAUAUGCCAUUCGCCAUUACCUUUGACAUUAUCGGUAAGAAUACUAUAGUCGAGGAACGUUUCUAUUUACACGAAAACAUUUGACCUUUCUUCGGGAAAUGAGAAUCGGAUGUUAGGUUUGAUAAUAAAGAGACAAAGUGUCUUAACGUCCAAAAACGCAGACAACGAAACUUCUCUUAUGAAUUUUAAAGAUGCGGGAACGAACGGUACAUGUAAGACUGAGAUUGGAUUCUGUGAAAUAAAACCCGAUAGAUUUAUAGAGAUGUGACGGAAAGCACUUGCAGGAAUAAAAAUCUUUCCGGCUCACUCAACACUUGGUUAGUCGGUCACAAUGCAUUUUAUUUGGUAUUGGCUUAUCAGCUUUGAGGCCUGUGUAUCACGCGAGCUGACCAGCUGAAGAAUGCUUAGAAUGAUUUCCUCAACCGACUAUAAAUACAACUUCGCUAGUCGGUUCAACGUCAAUUUACAGAGGGUUUGAGCUCGGCCGCUUUGCUCGGUACCUCAGGGCGUCUGUGAUGAAUGAAUAUCGGAUCAAUUUACUACGCAUCAUUCAGCCAACAAUCAAGAAGAGACAGCAUCUGAAACCAUAAAACCGAGUUUAACUUCGCAAUAGGGAGACAAUUUCAAACACUUAAUUAUGCCAACAGAAGCAGUUGUCGCGAUCCCUUUGGGCUGCCUAUCUCUUCUUAUCGUGGUCACCAAUAGUUGUGUGUGUCUGCUAGUGUACUUGCACGCCAAACUACGGAGUUACACAAAUGGAUUUGUUGUGUCCCUCGCAGUGUCGGACAUUCUCACAGGUGCGCUCCUCUUGCCUUUGUACAUCAGCGUACCAGAAUUUAAUGGGACGGGUUAUAUUGUGUCGGCAAUUUUAUUAACUGGAGUUGCCAAUGUGUGUGCAGUGACUCUUGACAGAUAUCUGGCUAUAGCGAAACCAUUUAUUUACUAUGCUGUUAUGACGAGACACUUCGUCAAGUUCAUAGUAGGCUCGUGGGUUCUUCCAAUGGUUAUCUCGAUUAUUCCCCUUAUUUGGAGCUCAGAUGCUGGAUUAGCGCAUACAAUCUACCUGUUUUUAAUCCAAGGACUUGGUGUUGUUGUGCCAUACAUUUUUGUCUGCACAGCAUAUUACCUGAUCUUUCAUGAAGCGAGGCACAUCGUCAGGAGAUUGCGAAGAGAAAGCAGCCUUAGCUGGCGCAAUCAUGAAGACAAAAACAAGGGAAGAAAAAACUCAAAUACCAUGGCUUCCGAGGCAAAAGUUGCCAAAAUGUUUGCCUUGAUUGCCAUUUCCUUCAUCUUAAGUUGGUUGCCAGUCCUAUAUCUGACUAGUGUUAUAUCUGCAGUCGAUAAACGUGAAUUAGUGGACAAACUAUCCCCAGCCUGGCUGCUGGAUUUCUCGCUCUUUACCGUUGCCUUAGGGUCUAUGGUCAAUCCUGUGGUUUACUCAUUUUUCAAGCCUGACUUCCGACGCAUCAUCAAGCGAAUGCUGGGAAAGCGACCUCAGUGGUCGUCUCUGAAACACAGUGAAAACUGUGUUAUCGACGUUCCUUUAAUUCUGAAAAGACUAGAAAGUGGAAAAGAAGGCAAGGAGACCGAUCUGUGAAUACUGUUGACAUUGCGUUCUGAAUACAUCGGUUUGAAAUUUUCUGAGAUUACUUCAAAAUGUCGGCAUAAAAGUAUUUAUUACUCGCUGGUUUCACUUUACACUAAUCUCUUCCAGUCAGUUCUAUAUUUGCAUUGCCAGCGGAUUCGCGACAGAGCCCGACAAACUGCUGUGCUUGCUAAAGGAGCAAACUUAAAGUGGACAUACAUCCCUUUCUCUAUUUGUAGAUUGGUAUUAGUUGCCAAAAUAGCUUGUUUUGACGAGGAAUCCUUGACAUUUUCUGCAGUUAGGCGUUGUUUUUCUCGCAAUUAUGUAGCAUCAAUAUCCCUGAGAAUGUUAUUGGUGGAACCGACACCGUGUUUCGUAGCGUGAGCGCACAGUAACAGUCCUUUUAUAUGCUGCGAAAACAAACGGAUGCUUUUUUAGCAUAGAGUUUUACAAGAAGCUUUGUCGAUAAAGGAAACACAAAAAACGAUCAAUCAAUAAAGUAAACAAACAACA